AUGUGCUACGGAAACUACUUUGGUGGCCUGGGCUACGGCUCUGGCGUCCUGGGCUACGGCUCUGGCGUCCUGGGCUAUGGCUAUGGUGGCCUGGGUUAUGGCUAUGGUGGCCUGGGCUAUGGCUAUGGUGGACUAGGUGGACUAGGCUAUGGAGGCUAUGGCUGUGGCUGUGGCUCUCGAUAUGCAUACAGCACCUAUCGUCCAUGCUGCUAUGGAAGAUUUUCUGGUUUCUAUUAA